AUGCGCGGAGGCCAUGGCGACGCCGCGAAGCGCCAGGUGGCGGACGUAGCGUCGAGCAGGGGUGUCGGCAACGGCGUCCCCGAUAAGUUCGCGGACUACGCGAGGUUCGACGACAUGUUCGGGGCGUCGAGGAUAUUCACCGAUGGCACCGCGAGGCAGAGGAAAAAAGAGACCGAGAUGUACGUCAAGGACGUGAUGGAGAGGCGGGUCUACGGGUACACGCACGAUCUCAGGAUGCACGGGGAGCCCCUCUUGAGGAUCCCGGUGGGUGCCCCGCUGGAUGAGCAGCCGAGCUCGCGCGGUAAGGAGAACCCGGUGGCGCGGGAGGACGACCGCAAGAGGCGUGACCUGGAGGGCCCCGAAUCCAAAGCCACCGGUGGCAGGAAGAAGGCUCGGAUGUCACCCGGGGCUGGAGCCUUCGCGCAGGGCGCCGGCGUCAAGCCAUCGCCGCGCGCGGGAGCCGGGUUCGGAGUCGGGCGCGGAAGGCACUCGGACGUCAACGGCAUCACCGCGUCGCUCUUCGAGCGCGAGGACUGGGAGACGGACCCGCUCUGGGCGGCGAUGGAAGAGGCUGUGGCGAACGGGGGGGUGGGAUCGCUCGAGGAGCUCCCUCUGCCGGGGAGCGCCAUGCGCGCCACCGCGCUGGCGCCGCAUCCGACCAAUUUCGACGGCGAGUUCAUGCAGCGCUCGAGGUUCGAAGAGAUCGAGGAACGCAUCCACAACCUGGAGAACAGUCUGGCGCUCGCGCGCGCGGCCGCGGGCACGGAGCGCCACGCCCCGGGCUCGCUUCCCGUCAGCCAGACCGCGGCGGACGCGGCGGCGGCGGCGGGUGGCGAGCGAGCGAGGGGAGAGUUCGGCUCCGAUCGCGGCAGCGGCGGGAAGAGCCCGCAGUCGCCGAGCCCGCACAACUGGGCGCCGAUGAACCCGUCGCGGUCCUCGGAUCUUAUAUGCGACGCCGCGACCGGUCGGAUCGGGUCGGGCGGUGGAUCGGGCGACGGCGCGAGACACGCGGGCGGGGGGGGCGGGGGUGGCCGCCGAUCCAACUCGUUCACGUCGACCCCCGGGCCCAAGCACCGCGUGGGAUCCGUGAUGCUGACCGAGUCCCACCCGACGCACACGACCGGCGGCGCGUUCAUCGAUGAGGAUGCGCGCGCGUUGGCGAUGGAGUACGAGCGCCUGCGCGAGGAUCGCGACGCCAACCGCAGGGAGCACGAGCUCCUCAGGACGGAGUUUGAGCACGCCAAGUCGCAAACCGCGCUGCUGCGGGAGAGCAACAGGAACUACGAGGCGAGGGUGGAGCAGCUCGAGCGGCUGGUGCGCGAGUGCAACGCGCAGACGAGCUCGUUGCGCAGCCAGCUCGCGGAGUUCACCGCCGCCGGCGGCCUGGGGGGAUCCCAGGCUGGGGGCUGGGUCCCCCCCGCGCCCAUCACCACCGUCAAAGCCACCUCGAGAUCGCGCGGGUCGGGGGAUCCAAACUCGGCGGGGGCGACGCCGAGGGUGCCCACCCCCCGGGUCAACUUCGAGGUCAACCACAUCAACACACAGACGCAGGCGCAGAAUAACCCCGGACAGCUCAAGAGGGUCGGAAGCUGUUUCAUGUCGGGAACCGCGGCGGCGGCUGCUGCGAGGAGCGUGUCUUUGCGUCCCUCCCUCGCGCAGGUUUCGCCCGACUCGAGCGCGGGUGAGUUUGACGGCGUGGGCCACCUUCACGUUGGCGCGAGGUGA